UGUUUUCGCCAUUGUUGCCAGCUAUAGAAUUUUAGAUUUGAAAUGAUUUUCUGUUGGAAUUCUGCAGACAAUGUUCCAUGGCCUCUUAGAACCCCUGGUUGCUAUUGAAAAGCCUGAUGCCAUGCUGAUUCCUGAUCCUUAGUAUGUGACCCGUUUCUUUCUAUCUGAAAGUAGUUAGGGUCUUCUCUCCCCUCCUCCCCCAAUACUCUGAAAUCUCAUGACAGACCUUCCAUGGGUGUCUUUGCACCCAUCAUAAGAGACCCCUUUUCAUCAAGAGACUUGUAGCUCAGUCCUAUGAAAUCUUCUCGUGUGGUUUUUCCGAAGUCCUUUCUUUUCCUUUGUUCUUUCUGAUUUGAACUCUUUUGGUUGGAUGCUAGACGUUCUGGACUGCUUCUCUAAGUCUUUCUCUUGGUCUUUCUCUCCUGCUGUCAUCUCAUUUCCUUUCACUGGGUUUUAAAUUUCCACCCUUGUAGUUUUUUCAUUUCCCAGAGCGUUCUGGUGUUCUCUGUCUGGUUUUCAUGGCAUCCCUGGAAGGAUGUCAAGCGAGGAGGGUCAGGGAUAGAUAAAGUAGCCCGCGCUCACUGUGCCUUCCCCUCUUCCUUAAGAGCCGCCUCUGAGGUCCCAUAUGGCUCCUCCAGUCUGGACUCUGGUGCUGCUGGUGGGGGCCGGCUGGGGCCAGGGCCACAUGCCUGCCCCUGUCCGGAAGGGGAAGCCUUCAGAAUGGAAGCCAGUUGCUCGCAACUCUAGGGAUAACUCUGUUCUCACUCAGUGUGACUUUGAGGAUAACUCCAACCCCCUCUGUGAUUGGACCCAAGGGUCCACAGAUGAUGGGGACUGGACUCGAGCCAGUGGACCCUCCCCCACCGGCAGUACGGGUCCCCCCGGGGGCUACCCCAACGGAGAGGGCUACUACCUGCACAUGGCAUCAAGCACCUUCCACUGGGGCGGGGUGGCCCGCCUACGCAGCCCCCCCAUAUGGGAGCAAGGCCCCCUCUGCGUGCACUUCGUCUACCACCUGUUUGGGCUUUCGUGGGGCACCCAGCUCAAACUACUGCUGCUCAGGGACACCAGGAAGAAGCGCCCCAGCCUGCUCUGGAAACAUACUAACACCCAGAGCCCCUCCUGGAUUCCCACCGCUGUCACCGUGCCUAUGGGCCUUGCCCUGCCCAGUCAGGUGAUGUUUGAAGGAGUGAGGGGCAGCACGGCUUACCUGGACAUCGCUCUGGAUGCCAUCUCCAUCCAUAGGGGCUCCUGCAAUCGGAUCUGCAUGAUGCAAAUGUGCAGCUUUGACAUUCCAAAUGAUCUCUGUGGCUGGAGCUGGAUCCCGACAGCCUCUGGGGCCAAGUGGGUCCAGAAGAAGGGGUCAUCCGGGGUGCUGAAAGUGGGGCCUGAGGACGAUUUCUCUAGCCCUGGUGGUGGCUUCUACAUGCUCCUGGACCCCAAGAAUGCAAAACCGCGGCAGAAAUCUGUCCUCCUGAACCCCCUGAGCCAGUCCUCUGGCUGUUUGAGCCUGUCCUUCCACUACAUCCUCUAUGGCCAGUCACCUGGUGCAGCCCUCGCCGUCUAUGCUUCUGUCUUGGGCAGCAUCAGGAAACACACUCUCUUCUCAGGACAACCUGGACCCAAUUGGCAGCCUGUUACUGUCAAUUACACAGCCCAGGGAGAAAUUCAGUUCACUGUGGUGGGUGUGUUUGGAGAGACCCCAGAGCCAGCUGUGGCAGUGGAUGCGAUCAGCAUUGCUCCCUGUGGGGAGAGCUUUCCUCAGUGUGACUUUGACGAUGAUGCCCGUCCCUUCUGUGACUGGGCCCAGGCAUCAGGGGAUGGUGGACACUGGACCCGGGGAAGUAAAAAUAUGCACAUGCAGGGUACAGGCGCUUUUGGAGGUUCCCCUAAUGGAGAAGGUCGCUAUAUCUAUGUCCAGGCUGACAAGUUCUCUGAGGCAGGCCAGUCUUGCAGACUGGUGAGCCGGCCCUUCUGUGCCCCGAGUGCGAUCUGUGUGGAGUUUGCUUACCACAUGUACGGCCUAGGAGAGGGCGCUAAACUCAAUCUCCUGCUGGAGAGUCCCGCGGGCAGUUUCCCGACUUCUCUCUGGCACCGCGUUGGGUCUCAGAGCCCCGACUGGCUGAACACCUCCGUCACUAUCCCUUCGGGGCAUCAACAGCCCAUGCAGCUGAUAUUGGAGGCCAUCAGAGGGACCAACACUGCCUUUGUUGUCACUAUGGGUUUUAUCUUGAUCAAUCACGGGACUUGUAGAGGAACUAUGCCAACAGUGCUUCCUUCCAAAUCUCCAGUUCCCCCCACCGGCCCUUCUGAAACUAUGGCCCUCACAGAAAAACCCACUGUCACCACAGUAAAGCCCAUAGUCCCAACAGAAAAGCCCACUAUUCCCACUAAAAAACCCACUGUUCCCACUGAAGAGACCACUAUCCCCUCUGAAGAGACCAUUGUGCCCUCUGAAGAGACCACUGUCCUUCCCAAAGAGCCCACCAUCUCCACUGGAAAACCUACCAUCCCCACUAAAAAGUCCACUAUACCCCCUGAAAAGCCCAGUAUCUCCACAGAAAAGCCCACUGUCCACACAGAAAGACCUACUGUCCACACUGAAAGGACCACCAUCCACACUGAAAGGUCCACUGUCCCCACAGAAAAACCCACUAUGCCCACUGAAAGGCCCACCAUUCCCACAGAAAAAUCUACCCUUCCCACAGAGAAACCCACCACCCCUACUGAAAAGACCACCAUCUCCACAGAAAAACCUACCCUUCCUAAAGAAAAACCCACCGUCCCCACUGAAAGGCCCACAGUGCCCACAGAAAAACCCACUGUCCCCACUGAAAGUUCCACCAUCCCCACAGAAAAGUCUACCCUUCCCACAGAAAAACCCACCAUCCACACAGAAAAACCUACCCUUCCCACAGAAAAACCCACCGUCCUUACUGAAAGGCCUACCAUCCCCACAGAAAAACCCACCACCCCUACUGAAAAGACCACCAUCCCCACAGAAAAACCUACCCAUCCCACAGAGAAACCCACCAUCCCCACAGAAAAAUCUACCCUUCCCACAGAGAAACCCACCACCCCUACUGAAAAGACCACCACCCCCACAGAAAAACCUACCCUUCCUAAAGAAACACCCACCGUCCCCACUGAAAGGCCCACAGUUCCUACAGAAAAACCCACUGUCUCCAUUGAAAGGCCCACCAUCCCCACAGAAAAACCUAUCCUUCCCACAGAAAAACCUACCAUCCACACAGAAAAACCUACCCUUCCCACAGAAAAACCUACCCUUCCCACAGAAAAACCCACCAUCCCCACUGAAAGGUCUACAGUUCCCACAGAAAAACCCACUGUCCCCACUGAAAGGCCCACCAUCCCCACAGAAAAACCCACCAUCCACACAGAAAAACCUACACUUCCCACAGAAAAGCCCACCAUCCUUACUGAAAGGCCUACCAUCCCCACAGAAAAACCCACUGUCCCCACUGAAAAGACCACUGUCUCCACUGAAAAACCCCCUGUCCCCACUGAAAGGCCUACCACCCCUACUGAAAAGACCACCAUCCCCACAGAAAAAUCCACUGUCCUCACUGAAAAGACCACCGUCCCUACUGGAAGGCCUACCGUCCCCACAGAAAAAACCACCAUCCCUACUGAAAAACCCACUGUCCCUACAAAAAACCCCAGCAUCCCCACAAAAAUAUCUACUUUUGCCACUGAAUGGCACACAGUUCCUACAAUACCCCAGCCGAGCCCAACACUUGUACCCAUUGGGCCAAGAGUCUUGGUGAUGCCUUCCACUGCUCCAAGUACCUCCACGACCGCUACAACCCCUGGACGCACUCCAGGUAUGUGACACAGCAUCGAACCGACAGCAGAAAAGUGAAGGCUUGAGCGCUGCACCUGCCCAGCAUCCUGUGAAAGACCCAAGCCCAACUGUGGGCCCCUCUGCAAACCUGGCUGUGUCUGCAUUUCUGGCUUCUUGUUUCGGGGAUCCCUCUGCAUCAAUGCCUCGUCCUGCAAUUGCUUCUACAACAACAAUUACUAUAAGCCUGGGGCAGAGUGGUUCAGCUCCAACUGCACAGAACGUUGCCGCUGCAGGCCUGGCAGUCGGAUGGAGUGCCAGAUCUCUCAGUGUGGGACUCACACAGUGUGCCAGCUGAAGAACGGCCACUACGGGUGCCAACCCUACGCAGGCACCGCCACCUGCGCCGUCUACGGAGACCCGCACUAUCUCACCUUUGAUGGAAGACACUUCAACUUCAUGGGCAAAUGCACCUACGUCUUGGCCCAGCCUUGUGGCAACUCGACAGAGCCAUUCUUCAGGGUGGCGGCAAAGAAUGAAGAUCGAGGACAGGAAGGCAUGUCCUGCCUGAGCAAAGUCUACGUGACCCUGCAUGAGAUCACCAUCACCCUGCUCAGGGACAGGCGCACGCUGGUUGGGGGGAAGCAAGUCUCUCUCCCAGCGGUACCUUCUAAAGGAAUCUUCCUGGCUUCAAGUGGGCGGUUUGUGGAGCUGCAGACGGCGUUUGGUUUGCGGGUGAGAUGGGAUGGCAACCAGCAGCUGUAUAUAAGUGUGCCCAGCACCUACUCUAGCAAACUCUGUGGCUUCUGUGGCAACUAUGACGGGGACGGUAGCAAUGACAACCAGAAGCCCGACGGCAGCCCAGCGCUGGACGAUGAGGAGCUGGGCAACAGCUGGCAGACGGCAGAGGACGAGGACAAGGAGUGCCAGAAGAACCCGACAGUUCCUCCCUCGUGCAAGUCAGGCUUGCAGAACAGUCUGUCGGGACUACAGUUCUGUGGACGGCUCUUGGACACCCGCGGAGCCUUUGAGGCAUGUCUGCCUCACCUCAAGGCCUCCUCGUUCUUCAAGAGCUGCACGUUUGACAUGUGUAAAUUCCAGGGGCUGCAGCCAGUGCUGUGUGCCCAUAUGGCAGCCUUGACUGAGAUCUGCCAGGAUGCUGGCUAUGCCGUGAAGACUUGGAGGGGACCCCAAUUCUGCCCAAUGACCUGCCCGCCCAACAGCACGUACACGCUGUGUGCCAGGGUGUGCCCCGCCACCUGCCAUUCUGGGUUCUCUGGCAUGGCCUGCCAGAACCGGUGUGUGGAGGGCUGUGAGUGCAACCCGGGCUUCAUCCUCAGCGGUCUCCAGUGUGUCCCCCACUCCCAGUGUGGGUGCCUCGAGCCCACAGUGGGCUACUUCAAGGUAGGGGAGCGGUGGUUCAAGCCAGGCUGCAGACAGCUCUGUACCUGCGAGAGCAACAAUAAAAUUCGCUGCACACAGUGGAGGUGUCAGGCCCAGGAGGUCUGUCGUCAGCAGGAUGGCAUCUAUGGCUGCCAUGCCCUAGGGGCCGCCACCUGCACCGUCUCAGGGGACCCCCACUACCUGACGUUCGACGGAGCCUUGCACCACUUCAUGGGCACCUGCAGCUACAUCCUGACCAGGCCUUGCCAGUCUAGGUCCCUAGAGAACUACUUCAUCGUGAGCGCCACCAAUGAGUUUUGCAGUGGGAACUUGGAGGCCUCUUAUGUCAGAUCCGUUCACCUGCACAUCUUCAACCUGAGAAUCUCGCUCAUCAAAGGCCACAAGGUCAUGCUGAAUGGUCGCCGAGUGGCCCUGCCUGUGUGGCCUGCACAAGGCCGGGUGAGCAUAAGGCCUAGCGGUUCCUUUAUCCUCCUCUACACGGACUUUGGGCUUCAAAUUCGCUACGAUGGGAAGCAUCUGGCCGAAGUGACAGUGCCCUCCUCCUAUGCUGGCCGGCUCUGCGGGCUGUGUGGCAACUACAACAACAAUAGCCUGGAUGACAAUCUGCUCCUGGACAAAAGGCCUGUGGCCAGCUCGGAUGGCCUGGGCGUCGCCUGGAAGUUCCCUGAUUACUCUGAAACAGGCUGCUUUGCUAAGGGUCCGAAGCCCUCCAGAUGCCAGGAGAACAGAGGGGCAAACAGCUGGGAAAAGAACUGUGAUGUCUUAAUGGACCCUCAGGGACCCUUCUCUCAGUGCCACGGGGUGGUGCCUCCCCAGUCCAGCUUCGCCAGCUGUGUGUAUGGCCAGUGUGGGACCAAGGGGGACACCCUGACCCUGUGCCGCUCCCUGCAGGCCUAUGCAUCCCUGUGUGCCCAUGCCGGCCGGGCCCCUUCCUGGCGGAAUGGCACCUUCUGCCCUCUGAAGUGCCCGUCCAGCAGCAGCUACAGCCCCUGUGCCAACCCCUGCCCAGCCACCUGCCUCAGCCUGACAGCCCCCAGAGACUGCCCAGCAGCACUGCCCUGUACGGAGGGCUGUGAGUGCCAGAAAGGUCACAUCCUGAGUGGAACCUCCUGUGUGCCCCUCAGCCAGUGCAGCUGCGUCGACCAGGAGGGCUACUACCACCCGGUCGGGGAGAGAUGGUACGCGGACCACACCUGUUCCAGGCUCUGCACCUGCUCCAUUCGUAACGCCAUCUCCUGCCAGCAGGCCGCCUGCAAGCCUGGCCAGAUGUGCUGGCCCCUGGAUGGGCUGCUACGCUGCCGGGCUUCAGGUAUGGGAGUGUGCCGUACCUCAAACCACUCUCAGUACCUGAGCUUCGAUGGCACUUACCACACCAUCAGGGACACCUGCACUGGUAUCCUGGUGAAAGUGUGCCACCCCACCAUGGACCUGCCUUUCUUCAAGAUCAGCAUCAAGUAUGGGAAGAAGAGAGGCCAGUCUGCUGUUUCCUACCUCCACCAGGUCAACGUUGACUUCUUUAAUACCCUCAUUACCUUGAUAAAGGACCACCGUGUGCUGAUCAACGGCACACAGGUCACCUUUCCCUUCGCCACCGAGAUCCGAGGGCUCAGAAUCAGUAUUGUUGGCAACAACACCGUACUCUAUUUUAACACCGGGGUCCAGGUCAAGUUUGACGGCAAAGAUUUCUUUGAGGUCCAGCUCCCUGCAGCCUAUUACCAAAAGGUCUGUGGCUUGUGUGGAAACUUCAAUGGUGAGGAAGAGGAUGAGCUCAUGAUGCCCAAUGACGAAUUAGCCCAGAAUGACGCUGAAUUUGUGGAGAGUUGGCAAGAUAAGGAGUCUCACCCAAAUUGCCAAAAAGAGAGCCAGGAGACCCAAGCAAUACAGCUGGAGAAUCUAAAUAUAGGCUGCAGGAGAGAUGACCUGGUGAGAGCCCAGGAACAAUGCCAGGCGGCCUUUCAGACUCCGGCCUGGACUGAGUGUGCCACCUACGUGUUCCUCAAGCCCUUCCUGCUCAAGUAUAUCCACAACCUCUGUCAGUUUGGAGGCCUACGCCAUGCCCUCUGUGGAUCUCUGGAAAACUUCGCAGCCACCUGCCGGGCCCAGGGGCUCCAGCCCCCAAUCUGGAGAAACAGCAGUUUCUGCCCUCUGGAAUGCCCCAUCCACACCCAGUAUUCGUCCUGCGUUCCCUCCUGCUUACCUUCCUGCGUGGACCCAUCAGGCCAGUGCAGUGACACCCAAGUCCCCACCAUCUGCAAGGAGGGCUGCAUUUGUCAGUCCGGCUUCGUGCUCAGUGGGAAAGAGUGUGUACCCAGGAGUCAGUGUGGUGGCUGCACAGACGACUAUGGCAGCUCCUUCCCUGAGGGUAAGACCUGGAUCACCAUUCGCUGCACCAGAAGGUGUGCCUGCACUUCGGGAACCGUUCACUGCCAGCAGUUCAGCUGCCCCUCUGGCUCCCAUUGUGAGCCCCAAUCUGACGGCACGGGCACCUGUGACGUUAACAAGCAACGCUCAGUUUACGGGGACCCCCAUUACCGUACAUUUGAUGGCCUCAGCUACCUCUUCCGGGGCCACAUGACUUACACUCUGAUAAAGACGGUGGACGCGCUCCCCACUGGGGUGGCACCUCUGAUCGUCGAGGGGCGCAACAAAGUGUAUUUGCCCUGGAGCCCCGUCUACCUGCACGAAAUCAUCGUGGUGAUCUAUGGCUACACAGUCCAGCUCCGGGCUCAUCUGGAGCUCGUGGUCAACAACCAGAAGGUGGACAUCCCUUACCAGCCCGAUGACCGUCUGCGGGUUAACCUGCGAGGCCAUCGCCUGUUUCUGAUCACUGACUUCGAGAUGCUUGUCAGCUUUGACGGAGGCAAAAAUGCAGUGAUCACGCUGCCCAACAAGUACAAGGGGCUCGUGCGUGGCCUGUGCGGUAACUUUGACGGGAACAAGAGGAAUGACUUCGUGCUGCCCAAUGGCACCAUCACCCAAGACCUCAUCGGCUUUGGCAAGAGUUGGGAGGUACACAGGAUCAGUGGCGGCCUCGCCCGCUUCGCAAGGGCCAUACCGGAGGAGGAAGAGGAGGAAGGGGAGGAGUCAGGCUCCAACACUUCGGAAUGCACCCCGGAGCGGCUGGCGCUCAUCAACAGCACCCAGGCGUGUAGGGUGCUGGUGGACCCCCAGGGCCCCUUUGCUGCCUGUCACCAGACUGUGGCCCCCGAGCCCUUCUAGGAGCACUGUGUGUUUGAUCUGUGUACCGCCCGGACCCCCAAAGAGCAGGAGGAACUUCGCUGCCAGGUCCUCAGCGGCUACGCCAUCAUCUGCCAGGAGGCGGAAGCCACCCCGGCCGGCUGGCGGGACCUCACCGACUGUGCCUUGGCGUGUCCGGCCAACACCGUCUAUCAGAGCUGUAUGACACCCUGCCCAGCCUCCUGUGCCAACCUGGCAGCCCCUAGGGACUGCAAGGGACCCUGUGUGGAAGGCUGUGCCAGCCUCCCAGGCUACAUCUACAGUGGUGCCCGGAGCCUCCCCGUGGCCCACUGUGGCUGCACCAGCAACGGCAUCUACUACCAGCGGGGUGACAGCUAUGUGACCGAGGACUGCUCUCAGCGCUGCACCUGCGCCAGCUCGGGGGUGCUGCUGUGUGAGCCCCUCCGCUGUCGUGCCGGGGAGAUCUGCACCCUGGGGAACCUCACUCGUGGCUGCUUCCGAGAAAGCCCAUGUCUACGGAACCCCUGUCAAAAUGAUGGACGGUACCAGGAGCAGGGAACCCACUUUACCUGUGAGUGUGAACUCGGUUACGGGGGGCACCUCUGCACAGAGCCCCAGGAUGUGCCACCCCCUGGAAAACCAGAAGCAUCCAGCUUUGUGGCCAUCCUGUUGGGGAUGCUCGUGCCUGUGGUGGUCAUAGUGCCGGCAGUGACCUGGGAAUGUGUUUCCAGGAAGAGGAGGAGGAGGAGGGAGAAAACGCAGAGCCGGAACAGAGAACAGGCUGGCCGAUGCUGGUGAGAACAAUCCCAGCCCCACAAAACCUUGGCGACUGGGAGCUGAGUCUGCCUCUAAUGCGGG